AACUAACUGAAAAUCGUAUGAAACGAUUUCGAUUUUUUUUUUUAUGUUACAAGAUUAAGUAGGUAAAAUAAGUCGGCUGAAAUAUGGCAGCUUCUUCAGCAACCCCGUCUGUUCUUUCAUUUAGUUCAGUCCCCAAAAUCAUCUCUAAGGGUUCUGAAACUAGAGUAAUUAAGAUUGCUUCCAACCCAAAACCAGUAGCUUCCCUAGGUUUUCUACAUCACAAGUCUAGUAGAAAUCCAAGUUCCUCUAUAAGACUGAAUGCUGGAUUGACUGACAUUGAGCCUGAUCUUAAUGAAGACAAACGUGACCCUUGGUCAACCAACGGAAUUGAUAUCGAGGAUUUUGUAUUUGGGAAGUAUGAUGGGCACCAUACGUAUUUUGAAGGUGAAAAAUCGAAAGCCACAUUUUUUGAAUCACUAUCGGAAGAGUAUAAUGCAGCAGAACCUCCCACUGGCUUCCAGGGUUUGAUUUCGUGGCUGUUCCUUCCGGCAGUAACGGCUGGUUUAGCUUUUAAUGUCCCGGGGGAAUACUUGUACAUUGGAGCAGGCAUAUUUGUGGUGAUAUUUUGCAUAAUAGAGAUGGAUAAACCAGAUCAACCCCAUAACUUUGAACCCCAAAUUUACAAUAUGGAGAGAGGAGCUAGAGACAAGCUUAUAGCUGAUUACAACACCAUGGAUAUAUGGGACUUCAACGAAAAAUAUGGCGAGCUUUGGGAUUUCACCGUAAACAAUGAAGACAUCGUCAAAUAUAAGUGAUAUAAGCACGGUCAAUCCUCGAUGAAUUUGUUCUUCAUUUACGUUUUUUCUUCUUGUGUUUAUUGGUUCGUAGUUUGAUUUUCCUUGUUAUACUUGCGUGUAUAUAUAUUUUCUUUCUCUGUCGUUUUGGUGUAUCUCAUUGUAACAGCCAAAAAUAGCGAAGGGUACGGACUCUGUUCCCAAACACGGUGCACAUUAUCAAACGCAAAUGAACCCCCAAAUUUUAUUUUAUUUUUA